AUGCCCUUUCGUCCUACUCUCGUGUGUGUAGAGUGUGGAGCGUCUGUGACUGAAUUAAUCCGUGACUAUGGCAAAGGAAAUCUGCGUCUUGCAAUAUGUACUGCAUGUAAUGCCGUUGCUGAUAAGUAUGUUGAAUAUGAAACGAUCUUACUCUUCCUUGAAGUCCUAUUGCUCAAACCUCAAGUCUAUCGUCAUAUUCUGUGCAAUUUACCAGUCCCCGUCUCAUUGAAAACAACUCUCAAGCUCUUUGUGAUCUUAGUGAUGCUAGAUAUGAAUGUUAAAGCCUAUUUAGUCGACCGAGACGCUGGUGUGACCUUUCAUUCGGAAUCAAUGUACAAAACGCCUGACGCGCUUCAAGUGACGACAUCUGGGCUUCGCAUUGGACAGUUCUCACUACAUUUAGUGUGUCUUGCACUAUUGGAGAAUGUCGUGUAUUUUAUUGCUGUGUUUGCAGCAAUUUGGCUUGAUCCAUUUCGUCGUGGAUGGAGAGCAAAGUUGCUGUCAAAAGGAGCAACGGAAAGUGUCGACAAUGGUGUUGACGCCCCCUGGACGAAAUAUGGCAGUGCAAUGUGUAUUGCAAGUUUUGGCAAACUGUUUGCAGUCCUGACGGUGAUUUGGGAGUUUCAUUGGAGCUUUGUUCACGUUCUUGGAGCGCUUGUAGUAGUGUCACAUGUGCUGGCACUGCAGUUGAUGAUGGGAGAGGGAGACCCAGCACAAGUAAAAUCGCUGCAUAUCAUCGCCGUUGUCGUGUUUGGAUUGAUGGCAAGAGGGUUUGCACAGCUUGCCCUCUAUGCAUUCGGCAAUUCGGUGCUCUUUCAUGUACUGGUCUAG